GCUAUUUCAAGACGAAAUUAUCAUAUGUUUGGAGAUGUAAUUUCAUUUGAUUCAACAUACAACACUAACAGGUAUUGCAUGAUUUUUGCUCCAUUCACUGGAAAAGAUAACCAUUCUAGACCAGUUACAUUUGGAGCUGGCUUGUUAUCAAGUGAAGGUAGAGAAUCCUAUUCUUGGUUGUUUGGCUGUUUUGUUCGAUGCAUGGGGGUAGCACCCAAAUUGAUUAUCACUGAUCAAGAUUGGGGGAUCAAACUUGCUGUUCAACAAGUACUUUUACAAACAAGGCACCGAUGGUGUAUGUGGCAUAUCAUGGUUAAGGUGUCAGAUAAGUUGCCCAAAUCUUUACUUGGUAAUGAAGAUUUCAAAAAAGAGUUGAAUGCAUGUGUUUGGUCUGAUUUGUUAGAGCCUGAUGAGUUUGAUAUAAUAUGGAAUGAUAUAAUGGAACGGUAUGGAUUAGAAGACGUGCACUGGUUUGGAUCAAUGUUUGAAGAUAGAGAAUUCUGGGUUCCUGCUUAUUUUCGAGAUUUUCCCAUGGGGUCGCUUCUUAGGACUACAUCGAUGUCUGAAUCGGAGAAUAGCUUUUUUAAAAACUACACAAAGCCACGUGCAAAUCUUGUACAGUUCAUCAAUUUCUUUAAUUAUGCUGUGGGAGAUCAAAGGAAUGCCAAUUCACGAUUGAACUACUUGGAUUACUCAACUAUUCCUGAUUUGUCAACCCAAUUGCCUAUUGAGAAGCAUGCAUCUACAAUCUACACUGAUUCUAUUUUCAAACAUGUACAACAGGAAAUAAGUAUGGUAUGUGAGAUUGUUUCUAUAACUGUUGAGGAUAACAUCAAGAUGCAUCAGGUCAAGGACCAAUAUGGUAGAACAUGGGAUGUUAAGUAUGAUUGUAAGCAAGACACAUUCGACUGUAGUUGCAAGAAGUUUUCCAGAAUUGGUUUGUUAUGUUGUCAUAUAUUUUGUUUGUUGAAGAAUAAGUCUGCUAAUCUCAUUCCUGAGAAAUAUUUUGGUCGAAGGUGGUUGAAGAGCUCUUUACUAAAGGCAGCCCAUGGUCUACCAUCUGAGGAACAACAACCAUUUGAACAUUUGGAUGAAAAGCAGGAAGUUAAGAAAAAGUUGUUCUCCAACUUUUAUCGAUUAGUCCAAAAGUCUGAGGGAAGUAUGGAUCAUUUGUCUUUGUUAAGUGCUGGUCUUGAUGAUUUGGAAGAGCAUAUAUUUGGAAAUUGUGCAGCACCUUCAGUCAUUGAAAAGAAGAAGAUGGUUGAGGAUUUUUAUGGAAUGGCAGUACCUGAUGUAAUUGAUGUACAUCCUCCAGACGUUGUUAGUACCAAAGGAUCAGCUAGUGGCAGAGUAGCAAAGAGGGAGAGUGCAAUAAGGAAAGCAAAUAAGCCUCUACGACGGUGUGGUAAAUGUCAUGAGAUGGGUCGUCAUGAUUCAAGAAAUUGUGGUAGAGUCAAUGAGAAGACAGAUUGAAGCCAUUUGAUAUAGUUU